AUUCUUCAUCACUCAGUCUCUGCCAUUUCCUCUCCUUCAUUCAGAUGGGUGAUGUAAGAUUAGGCCAAUGGUUGAAUCUUCUAGUAUGUUCUGCGCUACUACUAAAAGCAACAGGAGUUCCUGUGGGGAUCACUAUCCUUCAGACUGCGGUUGCCAAAGGAGCCGUUUGUUUGGAUGGGAGCCCCCCAGCUUACCAUUGGGAUAAGGGAUUUGGUUCAGGACUUAACAAUUGGUUGGUUCACAUUGAGGGAGGAGGAUGGUGUCACAAUGUCACAAAUUGCCUCGGCCGUAAGAACACUCGUUUAGGUUCAUCAAAGAAAAUGCUGAAGGAAAUACCGUUUUCUGGAAUUCUAAGCAACAGGCAAUCGUUAAAUCCAGGCUUUUACAAUUGGAAUAGAAUCAAAGUCAGGUACUGCGAUGGUUCAUCAUUCACUGGUGAUGUUGCGGCAGUAGACCCGGCUACUGGUCUUUACUUCAGAGGAGCAAGGGUUUUCCGCGCUGUCAUGGCUGAUUUAUUAGCAAAAGGAAUGGGGAAAGCAGUAAAUGCUGUUCUCUCUGGUUGUUCUGCUGGUGGAUUGACCUCUAUUCUUCAUUGUGAUAACUUUCGUGCUCUCUUCUUACCUUCUGGGACCAAAGUGAAAUGUGUUUCAGAUGCUGGUUACUUUAUUAAUGUAAAGGACAUUUCUGGAGCACAACAUGUUCAAGAGUAUUUUACCGAUAUUGUUACAACACAUGGUUCUGCGAAGAAUUUGCCUCCAUCUUGCACUUCAAAAUUGAGACCAGAUUUGUGUUUCUUCCCUCAAUAUGUGGUACCACAGAUUCGGACACCAAUAUUCUAUGUAAAUGCAGCCUAUGAUUCAUGGCAGAUAAAGAACAUUGUCGUACCAGGAGUUGCUGAUCCUCAUGGAACUUGGCGAAACUGCAAGCUUGAUAUAAAGAAUUGCUCACCCACUCAGCUCAAAACCAUGCAAAACUUCAGGUUGCAAUUCUUAAGUGCAAUUGGUGGUGUGAGCAACUCUGCAGUAAAAGGAAUGUUCAUAGACUCUUGCUAUCUGCACUGUCAAACUGAAUUGCAGGAGACUUGGUCAAUGCCUAAUUCCCCACUCCUCAACAAAACGACAAUUGCAAGGGCAGUUGGAGACUGGUUCUACGACCGAACUUCGUUCCAAAAGAUAGACUGUCCUUACCCUUGCAAUCCCACUUGCCAUGCUCCCAUUUUUGAUCCAAAUGUGCGCUUAGAAUGACUUUCGUGACAAAUAUAUACCAUUUUUAUAGGUCAGGUGAUUGAUCAAAUAUAUACCAUUGUUCCCUCAUAGAAUAAAUCAUUUAUAUAGAAUAAGGAAAAAGAAAAGUGAUCAGUCAAAUUGAUUGAUCUAGAAAGCUCACCACUGCACAAAAACUUGUGUGCCGGGUGCUUUCCCUCAUUGUUUAUGUAAUUAGUCAUGAAUCUCAAUUAGAUCCACAUUAUUCUUCCAUUUUUUUGGUUCGGAGGUGGGGCAUAUAAAUAUAUCAUGUACUGAAAAUUCAAUGAUCUGGGGACAAUGUAAUACUGUGUAUUUUACAAAGCGUUUUCCAAAUUUCAGUCUAUCUGAUAUGUA